AUGUCGGCUUCCUCUUCCACCACAAUCUCAACACCAGCUCAGAAUGCUCGACCCGACAAGACCAACAAGCCAAGCAAGAUCGUCGUGUUCAAGGUCUCUCCUGAGAAGCUCGGUCGCUUCAUGCCAAAACCAACCCAGCGAAAGAACUCGAAAGCAAAAUCGACACCAUCCUCAGUCUCAACACCAACAAGUGCCCCAGCUGCCGCUUCCGCUCUAGCUCCUGCGUCUUCACCUAAUGGCGAUGCCUCAGAAAGUAAUUCCACCCCAGUACCUGGUGCCACGGAAGCACCAAAGAAAAAAGGCACUGGUGCAAGAGCCGGUACGAAAAGAGCGUUAGAUGGUGCCGCUAAAUCUCGAGGCAAACCAGGGCCGAAGAAGAAGCCUAGACUUGAGGACGGGACUAUCGACCACGCUGGCAAGCCAAUUGGUGGUGGUGGUGGGGGUGGGGGUGCUGUCACUAAUGGCACUCACAAACUUGGACCUAAAGCCAACCAGGGUGCCAUAAAUGCUGGGCUGCGAGCUCUCGACCGAUCCGGGAAACCAUGUCGAAAGUGGGAACGUAAGCCAAUUCAACUCAAGAGUUUUACCGGGGUUGUGUGGGAAUUACCAUCGUGGCGAGCUCCCAAGUCAAAAUUGCCAAAGGAAGAAAGCCAGGAGAGCAAAGAUGCCUCACAGCCGAGUGGCAGCAAAGCCAACGACAGCAGCACAGCAAUGGAUAGUGAAAAGAGCAAUGCUGGUGAGAAUGGAACACGGCUUGUGAUGGAGUCAACACCAGCCGCCAGCUCUCCUGUCCCAGCUCCUCUGCUAGCUCCUGUCGCUGCAACUGGAUGA